ACCGCAAACAAAACGCAAAACGGGGCGACAAAAACAGCAGAAAUUAGCGCUUAUGCUGCCAAAAAGCUUGCUUAUCAAUAAAACCAACUCGCCCAAGGGGGCCUGCGGGUGCUAAGGCCAAGGCCGAAAAAGAGAGCACAAAAAGAUAGAAGAGAAAAAGACAGGCAGCAACAAGUCGCGCGACAGCAUUCGCCGGCUGCCUCCGAAGAUAACAUCACGGGACAAAUUUAAAUCUGUCUAUUCUGAUUGUUUUCUAUUAAUUUAAUGUGAGUUUCUUCUGGAGGAGGCGGAGUUCUGUUACAUAAUCAUGCGCUUACUGUGGCAACGGGCGGUCAGGCUGCAGAAGCUGAUGCCACAGACACACGCCAGACGCCUACUGGCCACCACAACAGCCUCAGCACGGGGCAGCGGACAAGAAGAAAAGGAAAACCGCAAAUGGAGUUCGCCCGGGAGCAAAGCUGAGAUGUUCCUGUACGGCGCAUUCUGGGCCGGCGGCCUGGGACUAGGCUACUUUUGGCUGACUCAGCGAUACAGUAGCACGCCAGACGAGGAGGUAAAGCCAGAUGAUGAGGCAGUGGCCCGGCUGUGGCACAUCACGCCCAGAAAGGAUCUGCCCACCUACAAAGCGGAGCAAGUGGAACAACAUAAUGCACCCGACAAGGGCAUUUGGAUCACCUAUGGCCUGGGCGUCUACGAUGUGACGGAAUUCGCCGAGAAUCAUCCUGGGGGGGACAAAAUCAUGAUGGCCGCGGGAAGUGCCAUCGAUCCCUUCUGGGCCAUCUACCAGCAGCACAACACUCUGGAGGUGUUGGAACUUCUCGAAUCCUUUCGCAUCGGAAAUCUGGAGGGUCUGACUGUGCCCAAUGCGGAGGAUGAGCUGGGCUCGCCCUGGGCCCAAGAGCCCGUACGCCACGCCCUGCUGAAGCCCGCCUCCAAGCGUCCGUUCAACGCGGAGCCGCCCAUUGGUCUGCUAGCCGAGAAGUUCUACACCCCCAACGAAAUGUUCUAUGUGAGGAAUCACCUGCCCGUUCCCGUUCUGGUGCCCGAGGAGUACGAACUGGAGAUCGACACGUCUGGGGGCGAGCAGGGCGGGCAGCUGCUCACACUGACUCUGGCCCAGAUCAAGGCCCUGCCCAGGCACACGGUAACGGCGGCCAUCAUGUGCGGGGGCAAUCGACGCUCCGAGAUGACCCACAUCAAGGCAGUCAAAGGUCUCUCGUGGGGCGCUGGUGCUGUGGGCAAUGCCAAGUGGUCGGGAGCCCGUCUCUGCGAUGUGCUUCGGGAGCAGGGAGUGCAGCCCAACGAGUCCAUGCACGUGAUAUUCGAGGGGGCCGAUCUGGAUCCCACAUCCCAUCCCUACGGCGCCUCCAUUCCACUCUCGAAGGCCCUGGAUCCACGCGGCGAUGUCCUCUUAGCCUACGAGAUGAACGAUGAACCGCUGACGCGGGAUCAUGGCUAUCCCAUACGCGUUAUUGUGCCCGGCGUUGUGGGCGCCCGAAAUGUCAAAUGGCUAACGAGAAUCAUGGUGGCCGACCACGAAUCGGACUCUCACUGGCAGCAGAACGACUACAAGGGCUUCAGCCCCAGCACGGACUGGGACACGGUGGACUUUAGCAAGGCCGAGGCAAUCCAGGCCAUGCCGGUGACCUCGGCCAUUUGCACACCGCUCCCGGGGGAGCGGGUCAAAGUGGAUCCGCAGGGCGGAUACAUCACAGUGCGUGGCUAUGCCUGGAGUGGAGGCGGACGCAAAAUACUCCGCGUGGAUCUGACCGGAGACGAGGGUAAGACAUGGCAUGUGGCCGAACUGGAGCAGGAGGAUUCGCCCGAUGGCCGGCACUAUGGCUGGUCCCUGUGGACCGCCCGCCUGCCCAUACCUGAGGAGCAGCAGCAACGGCGCAAGGCUGGCGGCAGCGGGGAGCUGGAGAUCUGGGCCAAGGCCGUCGACUCAGCCUACAAUGUGCAGCCGGAGAAGUUCGAGCAUAUCUGGAACUUGCGCGGCGUCCUGGCCAAUGCCUAUCAUAAGGUGAAAGUGAAGCUAGCAUAGAUCGUCUGAUCAUAAUAAAUAACGUCAUAAUAUCUAA